AUGUCAUGUGAAAUACAGGUAACCGCAACUUUUGAGGGUAUAAAUAAAUUUUUAGAACAAAAUAAUUCUACUGGUUCUGAUAAUGAAAAUGAAACGUCGAAAAACCUAUUUGCUGAUUAUAAAAUUACUAUAUCUCCUACUGGAGAAAUCUUAGUAUUUGCCAAAUCAAAUUGGCUGUUGAUAUGUGGUUCAAAAUAUAAUACCAUCAGUGAUAAAAUGACAUUGUUGUAUUCUCCUACUUGGCAUGGAGAUCUUCAAUGUAAGCCAGGGGAAAAAAUUACCAGUCUAUUUUGUUUGCCUUUUUUUUUUUAUGGUCAGAGUAUAAGAGAAGGGGCAGAUUGGACUUGUGUAGUUGUCGGAUUUUCAUCUGGAUAUAUUAGAUUUUACACUGAGUCUAUGCAAGAAUUAGCAUGGAGCAUUCUACAUGAAGAGCCUGUAAUAGGUAUUAAAUGUUAUAGCCCAUCCUUACUACAGCAAGGGAAAACGUUAAAGCAGGAUAAUAAUGAUGUGUAUAUAUUGUAUAAAACUGCAAUUUGUAUUUUUAAUGGACCUAAUUUGUCCCAAAUUUUAAUUAAUAAAAGAAAUCAUCUUGCCAAGAGUGGAAAUCAAAUGAAUGACUCAAAUAGUUUUACACAAACGGAUUUUAAAAAAUAUAUAUUUGCCAAUCAAGAAGUUGUUACAGAUGCUUGUUUUUUAGGUCAGUCUUUUAUAUCAACAUAUAAUACAUUUGAUCAUCUUGUAAAUGCAUCAUUAAUAGGUGGAUUUAACUGUAAUUACAGACCUAGUCCUUCACAAACAUCAUUGAUUGUAACCACUGGAAAAAAACCUUUCAUCGGUUUUCAUUAUACUGUUGAAAGCGCAAGCAGUCCUAUAUUAGCUGAUGUUGCAUUGGCUGUCGCAAACAAAAUUAAAAGCAGUGUGACUGCUAAUUUGCCAAACUGGUUUGGAUUUGGAAACAAAAAACCUGUUUCAGAUAAGUCUAAAGAAAUAAUUUAUGAAAAUGGAGAGCAAUUAAAUUGCAGGUUUGGAUUAUGUGAUAUUUGGAGAGAGGGACAAUCGAUAAUUUUAUCUCCCGAUGGAGUAUAUUGUGCUGUUUCCGAUUCAUUGGGAAGAGUUAUAUUAGUUGAAAAUUGUACAGGUUUAGCAUUGAGAUUAUGGAAAGGUUUCAGAGAUGCUCAAUGUGGAUUUUUACUAGUUCAAGAAGAUGUAAAAAAAAUUAAACAUAAAAAAGUUAGUGAAUCUCAUCGAAGACAAGCUUUAUUCAUUGUAUUGUAUGCACCCAAAAAAGGUUUAAUAGAAAUUUUCAAUACCCAAAAUGGUCAGAGAGUAACUAGUUUUAAAGUAACCAAAUUUGGACGUUUAAUUUAUAAUCCUCGUGGUUACAUUGCACCAGGGGUUUCGUCUAAGGGGACUAAUAUUGGAUGCAAUCAAGUAGUUUUUAUUUCUGAUGCUGGACUUAUGGAAUUUUAUGUACCUUUUCAUUGUGCAUUAGCUUUCGAAAGACUUGAAGAGUUGAAAAAAUGUGCCCAAGAAUUACAAUUAGAUGAUGUUAAAUAUCAAGUUAUUGAAAUGUUUCUAAACAGUCGGAAAAAUUCAUUAGAGACUUUUAAAAAUGUCUUAAAUGUAUUUUUGGAAGAUUUUCGUCGUCCAGAUAGAGAAGAGCUUCUUCCUACAAAAUUAUUGACUUAUGUAGAAUUGAUAAACAAUUUAUUGUCGUUUUAUGCUUUCCUAAUAAAUCUCAACGAAUCAGUAUUAAAUGAAAAAAACGUUCAAAAUUUUCAAGUCGAUUCUGAUGUUUUAUACGAAGAGUUAAAAGUAUCUAAAAAUGAAUUAGAUAUAACAUUAAAGUUAAUGGAUCAAAUCAAAGAAAUAAAAGGAUUGCAAAAAGCUACAAACAAAGUAAUGUUCAAAGAAGAAAAAUAUUCAGAACUACAUAAUUUUCUCUCUUGUUUUGAUUUUGACCUAUUGAAUGCCAGUAUUGAAAAACAAGAAAAAAAUGGAAAAAACGCCAAACAAUCAGUUCGUUUAAGAAUACUAUGCUCUCCUUCAAAAUUAAACGAAUGGAAAAAAAAAUGUGAACUUUGUUUUUUCACAUCUAUUGAUUUAGCCAUGUGUUUGUUGUCGUAUUGGUGUGACAAAAAUACAACACACAAUUUAUCAUCCGAAGAAAUUAUAAAUUUUAUUGAAAUUUUAAAAAUUAUUUGCUCACUAGAUGAUCUGAAUGCCAUAUGUACGGAAUAUAAUAAAGAAUCACCAUGGUGGUCACAACUUAGAAUUUGUAUAUCAAAUAGUCCGUCUACCAUUCGAGGAUUUUUUGCUGCUCUUAUGUGUCGUUCCGUCACCAUAUAUUUAGAACAAAAAAAAGAAUUGACUUGUAAAAAAGAAAAGAAAAAAAACAAAAGUAAUUUGCAAACGGAUUGGGAAAACAUAUCAAAAGAUACUUGCCAAUGGGAUAUUCUAAUAACUCAAUUACAAGAUUUAGCCUUAUUAAAUGCAAUUCUCAGCAUAACGUUGAAAAAUGUUAUAAAAACAAAAAGCAUGGCGGAAAUCCCAUUCGAUUUCGAUUACCAAUCGUUAAAUUCUAUACAAUCGAAUGGUACGGGAAGAGUGUCGGAAUUGGUAACAAAAUGGCUUGCACAAUUCGGUUUCGAUCCUUCCGUUUACAUAAAUAAAAACGAUGUAGAAUAUUCUAACGAAGGAAUGGCGGAAAUAAAAAACAGCGACUCAUUCAAAUCUCUACUGGUUGAAGAAUUGAAUAAAGCUAAUAAUAUAGCGAGAGAAAAUAAAGAAAAUUUAAAUCUUAUUUUACAUUAUUUGCAAUUGUUAAAAGGUAGAUUUCCAUAUAGUUUAACUACGAGUUCUUUAUUAAGUAAUUUAUGUUGGGAAUAUACGGCUUAUUGGUCGAAAAACAUGGAGGAUUUAAAUUAUUUAGAGGCAGCUGUUAAAUGCAUCGAGUUGAUACCUGCGAAUAAAAUUAAAUUCGGAAUUUGUAUUUUAUCAUGGAACACAUAUUUGCAAAAUACGUUGAAAGAUCUCGCUAAAAUGAUCAAUCGUGUCGGUAAAGUACCAAAGGGAAAAUUAUUCACACAAGUCAUCGGUUUGAACAGUAAUCAAGUUCCAAAUUUUUUGCAAAUCGUUUUGAAAUACGUCAACAUCAUAAGCGAUAUAGACACUCUGGAAGGUAUAGAUUUUAGAAUCGAACGGGAAGCCAUUUGGCAAAAUUGCGUCACCGCUCCAGGUUCUAAUUUGGUGUCCGUCGCGAUUGCUCAGGCAGAAGCCAAUCCCGAUUCGAUCAUUCUUUCCUAUCAAAUCACCGUCGUAUUGCUUUUGAUUUACGGAUUGAACAUAAAAUUUCCAAAAGCCAUCGUUAAUUUAUUUGAAAAUUUGGAAAUAAUGGAUUUCAAUUUGAACAUUCCUGUUGCCACUUGUCAAAAUUUAAGUCCUUCCGUAAUAAAUUCAAGAAAGCAAUUUUUACAAAAAGUCGUCACGGCGUCUUCAUGCACAGUUCAGGUUGUCGAACGAGUUCAAAGUUCAUCUGUUGACUCGGACACCCCAGAAGAUUUUGUUCCCACCGUUAAAUUCAACGUAGACGAAUAUAAUAAGUGGAUUCAAUUAUGUUUCAAAUUGGCUAAAAUAUGGGAUUUAGCUUUGGAUGAUCUUCGCAGGCAACAAAUUUGCGAAUUAUAUUCUCACGGUUACGAUCGUUUAGCAGAAGAGAUCAUUCCUUCGGUUAACGAUUACAAUACGUUAGCAUCUCAACUUCUUGUGUUGAUUGGCAAAAGGUUAAAAUACAUUUUACACGAAAGAAAAGAUUUAUCUAAAUGCGUAACGAAUUUGAGUUCAAAUAUAAGCGAAUGGCUUAAAUGUGUGGUAAAUCAUUUGCAUCAUUUUUUCUUUUUAGAAUCAUUCGUUCAUUUUUUUAACGUUUAA